AUGUUCCUGUAUAGUGCAGUUGUGCUCUCUGCGCUGGCUCUCGCCUCCUCGACCGAGGUGCAGCAAUGUCCCGGUCGAUCCGAGCAAAGUUUGCAGGAUAAAGUGCAACUCACUCCUUGCAAAAAGUUACCGUGCCGUCUCAAGAAAGGAACCAACCAACACAUUACAGUGCACAUAACGCCAGAGACCGACUUAGAAGAUAUAACGAACGAAGUAAUAGCGGAAGUGUUAGGAGUUAAGGUGCCAUUCGUUGGCGUCGACGGCAAUUCUAUUUGCGAUAAAAUGUUCACUGAAAGUGGAGAGAAGGCAGAGUGCCCGCUUAAAGCUGGCAACAAGUACCUGUACAAGGAUUCGUUUCCUAUUCUUAGUUUCUAUCCUACCAUCGAAGUUAAUGUCCAUUGGGCGCUAAAAUCUCCGGACGGAGAAAUAGUUUGUUUUGAAGUGCCAUCGAAAAUUGUUAGAUAA